AUGGCGGCCGCCUGCGGACCCGGACAAACCCCCUGCUCCUACCGAGACGGCUUCACUGUCAACGUCAAGAGCCACGUACCGCCCGCUCCCUUUGGCGGACGAGACUAUGGUAGCGGACCACGAGCUGCCGUGUCUCAACAUGAUCUGCGGUCCCUUAAGCCGACCGAGCUCGUGAUGGCCAACCCGCCCCUCGAGACAGCAGACCCGCCCUCCCCGCACAUCCAGACCUUGUCCGUGGACUGCGAGCUCGCCGUCAUCGACGGCCGAGGGGCCCAAGUAGUCCUUUACACCAUCAAGCCAAUGGACCUUACUGGCGAUGGUUUUCAGGCAGUGGCUAAGAUCUACGACCCGCUGUACUACUCCUUUUCUCACAAAGACGUGCCGAGCGUACCCUACGAUGUCACGAGGUUUGCCGACGAGGACUACAGCCGCGAGGCUACCGCGUACGAGCAUCUACAGGCCGUCGGCCAGGCCAGACACUUUACACCCAAGUACUUUGGCUCAUAUACCUUCACCGCCAACCUCCAGAUAGGCAAGAAGACGCCGCCGCAGUCCCGCCCGGUACACCUUAUCCUUAUCGAGUACGUUCCGGGGAAGAGCAUCCGUGACCUAUAUACAGGACCCGCCCCCGUCGCCGCUACAUUUGACGAGGUAUACCGCUUGGAGGUGCUCGCCAGAAUUAUCGAUGGCAAGGCAAAGUUACGGUUCAAGGGCCUCGACCAACAGGAUCUAGCCGCACCUAACCCCAGCUCGAUUCCACGGGUCGUGUUGAUCGAUUACAGCAUCUCAGUGAUAUACGUUAAGACGAUGCGCAAGAUCGGACCCUAUAACGGCACGACACUCCCCCCAAACCCCAUGCGGAUUCACUGGAACAACUCGCUGCAAGAGUUCAGCGGCUGGAUCCCGGCCAUGUGGGAAACCAGCCCCAGACCGCGCCAGGAAUGGCUGAAAAAGCGUUUCGGGGGCAAGAAUCUGAGCAGGUAUGCCCCCAUUAAGAAAGAGCUCGAGUUUAGCGAAUAUUAG